AUGCUUCUGACUCUCCUUAGGUAAUUGUCUACAUUGCAGCUUUCUUUAGCAUUAAUGCUAAUAUUUAGCAUCAGAACACUUUAUUAAAAACCGGCAGGCCCCAGUUAAAUUUCUUCAGGAAUUUUCUAGUUUCUACAUACAUUGCAGUUUGUGCUGAUGCCACAAGAUGUUACUAAACCUUCCACGCUGCUCCUUUAAACUAAUGAUCCUCUGUCUCCUUGUGUUUGACAGUUCAUGACGAAGAGUCCAAACAAGCGUCUGGGCUGUGUGGCAGCACAAGGUUGUGAGGAUGCCAUCAAGCUCCAUCCGUUCUUCAGAGAAAUUGACUGGAUGCUGCUGGACCAGAGGAAGAUCAAGCCGCCGUUUAAACCUCGUAUUAAAACCAAAAGGGACGUCAAUAACUUUGACCAGGAUUUUACACGUGAAGAACCUGUCCUGACGCCCGUGGAUGACAGCAUCAUCAAGCAGAUCAACCAAGAUGAAUUCAAAGGAUUCUCGUACUUCGGAGAUGAAACAUCUUAGAUUGCCGACAUGUUGGAUCCCAAAUACCCCAGGAAUUAUACUAGACCAUUGUGUCUUCAUUAUGGAUCCUGUGUUUUUGUUUGUCCAUUCAUACGAACUAUAACUGUAUGCUUCAGCAGCAUGAGGCAGGUGUGUGCAUGCAUCUCCAAAGAGAUGCUCAUUCCUUCACACGAUGUGACGUGUCCUGUAUCUGUAAAGAAUGUUUUGUUUUUUUUCUCUUGAACGUGUCUGAAUGGCAAAGACAUGAAUGAAUAAUUACAUUUAAAGCAAAAAAAAAAAAAAAAAAUUUUUACUCCCUGAAAAAUGAAGCGAGGAAAGGCAGAGAAGUUGAUGUCUUACUUUUAAUCAAAGCAAGAAAGGAAAUGUUAGGAAGAGGCACCAAGUCUUCAACAUUUGCAUUGCUAAGCUUUAAUUUUAGCUUAGCAAUGCUUUAUUUGAAGCAAAGAAUGGAGAGAAAGCAGGCGUAUUAGGGCCAUCAUAUAUAGAAAAAAAAAUUUUAACUGUCCACCAAUAAACUCAGAAAUUAU